ACUGGGCUCUCUCACUUCUGGAACAACCGAGAUGCCAUUCCCUCUCCCCGCAGGCUUCCAUCUCCUGCGCAUCCCAUUCUCAGUAUUUAGGUUCUAUGCUGAUAAAAGAGCUCAGAGGGACAGAAUCAACCCAAGAUGCCUGUGCAAAAAUGCGGAAUUUAGCCUACGAAAUCAUCCUAACACUGGGUCAGGCAUUUGAAGUUGCUUACCAACUUGCACUACAAGCAAGAAAAGGGGGGCAUUCCUCUACACUUCCAGAAAGCUUUGAAAACAAACCCUCCAAACCCAUCCCCAAGCCUCGUGUCAGCAUUCGCAAGUCGGUGAUCGACCCAUCUGAGCAAAAGACUCUGGCCAAUCUGCCGUGGAUUGUGGAGCCGGGACAAGAAGCCAAGAGAGGAAUUAAUACCAAGUAUGAAACCACAAUUUUCUGAUACUCACCAUCCUCCUGUCCUCGCGGUGCCUUGCACGCUGAGCAGUCCCGGAGCAGGCUUCCCUUCGCGCCUCAGUUUCCACCCAGCCCAGGAGGAAGACUGCUCUGUUUGUGUGGCCUUGUCACAGGCGAAAGGCCGCUGGCCAUUCCUGGGGACGUUCUUUCUGCACCAGUAUGCAACCAAGACUUUCCAGCCGUAACCCCUGAGAGGCAUGAGUUGAGAUUUUUCGCUGACUCUCCCGACUCCCCUCCCUGCCACCACCCAAGGUAUUUCUAAUGACUCUGCCCCCAACACUGCUUUGCUGAAUUUGGGGAUAAUACCUUUAAAAAAAAGAAAAGGUACAGGGGAUCUCUAAUACUGCCUAAAAGUAUAAAAAAUCUUGGAUUUUUCACAGUCAGCAGUUUUAAAGGUAGAAUCAGAACAGAACUACCCCCAUAAAACAUCUGUAAAAUUGUAUCACUGAGCAUCAUUUCAUGCAUAAGGACAAAACCACCCCUAUGAUUGCCAGGAAAUCCUGUUUCCCAAUUUCUAUAUUUGUGGAUUUUAUAUGUAAUCAACCAUGUCAGAUAAAGAAAACAUUUACAUCUAUGGAUUGAUUAAAAAUUUAAGAAUAAUUCAAAACAGAGGAAUUUAUUAUGCACAGAAAAAUGUGUCUUGUAUUAAAUAUUUUUAUUAAAAGAAUGUUUCAUUAAUGCACUGAUAAGAAAACUAGGUUAGUUGUGAGGGAUGUUUCUGGUUUCAUUUCAAGUAACUAAAUUUUUACUGCUACCACCAAGAGGACUGGCUUGGGUGUGGCAAAGUGCUGAUGACACUCCCCAGAGCAGGAGAUUAGGGCAAGCAGACUGGCAUCCAACCGAAAGUGCUGACGCAGCCAUAAGCUGCAAAGAUUGUUUUUUUUUUUUAACUUUCACAGUGUUUUAAAGAAAACGUUAAAAAAAAAAAAAACUAGGGCUCCUGCUGUCAAGAUUUCUGUCAUGGAAACCUUGUUUGAGAAAGGUGUUAGUAAAAUUCUAUUGCAAAAAUUUUUUUCUAGAAAAAAAUACAAAAAAAAAAAAAAAAAA